ACCAAACAUCAGGAGGUCAUGGGCCGUCCGCCUAUAAAUACGACCCUAAACCUCCUACUUUUUCUAUCACCAUUUCCGAUCCUAAAUUUGCCCUGUUCCGAGAACAAAGACAAAAUAUUCCCUAUUUUUUCAUCAGAAUCCGAUACGAAUACGAUGUGCCCGACGGGGACGGUCACCGCCUUUCGCGGCGAAACCUCGAAGCCGUCGACUCUGCGGUCGGCGUUCGAGGUGCUGGAUAUGGACCGCGACGGCAAGAUCAGCCGCGACGACCUCCUCACGUUCUACGCCGACUUCUCCGCCGUACGGCCGUCGGGGGAGGACGACCUGGUCGGGACAAUGAUGUCCGUCGCUGAUUUGAACCAGGACGGGUUCGUGGAGUACGAGGAAUUCGAGAAGGUUGUGGUCGGUUCUGGGAACGGCCUGGCGAUGAAGAAUGACGUCAUGGAAGAUGUGUUCAGAGCAAUGGAUAGGGAUAGGGACGGUAUUGUUGGGCUGCAGGACCUAAAGAGUUACCUGAAAUGGGCCGGCCUGCCUGCUGAUGAUGAAGAUCUCAGGGCCAUGAUCAAAUUGGGCGGUGGUGAUGGUAGUAAUGGUGGUGGUGGUGUAACCUUCCAAGGUUUUUGCAACAUUUUGUCUCUCUGAUUUAUGAUACCAGAAUUGAAUAAAGUUGUAGAUUUUUUUUGAAGAUUUUAGUAUAGCUUUGAGUCUGAGCCGGUCCCUGUUCAAUCAUGUUUUUCUUUACUUCUCCCACCAACAAUAGAACAAGAGGAGUGUGAGACAAAUCAAUAAAAAUGGAUUGAUAUGAAAUUGAAAAACUAAGAAUAAAGUAAGAAUGAUUUAGAGUUACA